CAAAAACGCAGUGCGGAUGAGAUAAAAAAUAUAGUAGUCAACAUCGGACUCUUUUAACACACUCUUAUCAGACGCUUAGAGGAGGGCGUGUGAAAUCCCAUUUGGGAAUAUGUCUUCAGACGAAAUCGUUUGGCAGGUUAUAAACCAACAAUUUUGCUCCUACAAACUUAAGACUACGAAAGGCCAGAAUUUCUGCCGGAAUGAAUAUAACGUGACCGGCCUCUGCAAUCGACAAUCAUGUCCGCUCGCAAACUCCCGAUAUGCCACGGUCCGCUCCGACCCAGCAACGGGUGCGAUGUACCUGUACAUGAAGACAGUUGAGCGAUCGCACAUGCCCAGCAAGUGGUGGGAACGGAUACGAUUAUCAUCAAACUAUGCAAAAGCUCUCGAACAGCUCGAUGAGCGCCUGAUCUACUGGCCCAAAUUUUUAAUCCACAAGUGCAAACAGCGUCUUACUAGGCUGACGCAGGUGUCUAUACGGACGAGAAAGCUUAUUAAGGAAGAGGAAAGACUGGGAGAGAAAUUGGUUGCGAAGCUGGCGCCUAAGAUUCGGCGGAGAGAGGAGACUCGUGAACGCAAGGCGGAGGCUGCUGCGAAGGUGGAAAGGGCCAUUGAGAGAGAGCUGAUUGAAAGAUUAAGGAGUGGUGCUUACGGCGAUCGACCGCUGAAUGUGGAAGAGGGCGUCUGGAAGAAAGUCCUGCGUGGUCUGGAGAGGCAGGGAGAGGGCGAACGGGACGAGGACCUUGAUGAAGGUAUUGAAGAGGAGGAGGAAGAAGAGCAAGGUGUUGGCGAGGUCGAGUAUGUUAGUGACAUUGACGAGGAGGAGGACGAUUUGGAAGACAUGGAGGACUGGUUAGGUGACAGUGCAGAGGACGACGCGGAGGAUGAUGAUGAGGAUGGCGAUGAGGAUGACGAUGAAAGUGAGGAUGAUAGUGAAGAAAGCAGUGAAGCAGAUGAAACCCCGAAGAAGCCUGUAUCUGGCGGCAAGCGGAAACGCGGCGUGGUUCCUCCCAAACCACGGAAGAAGGGUGGCCGGGUUGAGAUCGAGUAUGAGACGGAGGGGCCAGCGAAAGAGGGACUAUUUGCUUGAAUACAACUGCGAUCACGGAGAAGCAUUAGUUUAAGGCUAUUAUAUUUUGUUUUUCUUUGGCUACAUGGCGUUUAGGAAUGGUGAAUAGUUUUCAGGUGCCGGAUGAUUUUCUUAUAUAGAAAUGACUCUGAUAUGUUGGACACCUUCAACAUCAAGUUAUCAUCCUGUUCACUGGAGCCUUAUGUGUAUUUAUAUAGAUACCUUUUAACUGUUUCAAUGAAUCUCAUUAUUUAAUUACUAUCAGCCCGGCACUGGACCUCCAUGCUUCACAGGCCCCUUCUGGCGCACUCAAAAAAAAAACCAUACCGGAAGCAUGUAGAGUUA